GUAUCUGUGGAUGAUGAUCCUCUCAGAGACUUUGACCCUCUUCUUGGUCACCCGGCUCUCGCUGGCUAUGCUGUGUUACAAAAACCACGUCCUUCAAGCCAGAGGCCCCCGUCAGCACCAGGAACUACAUCACCUCUUAAACUACAAACAAGUCCUGUCAUACAGUUUUUGGAGAGGAGAGUGUUUCCAGUGUUGUUGUCUGGACUCGAGGCUUUGCUGACAGAAGCUCAGAAACACGGCUGUUUUGAGAGGAAAAUAACAGCUUUUAACCCGUUUGAUUUUCUAACUGAGUGGCUUUACAACCACAACCCCAGCAGGCGGAAACAGAUCCAUGUGAACUUUCACGACAUCCCAUUUGUCAAGAGCUGGCUCCGCAUGCAUCCCAGGCCUCCCAUCCCUCUGUUUCUGCAGCUGAGCGAGGAUCAGGCUGCUCUGCUCAUCCAGGCUUUCUGGAGGGGAUACAAGAUACGAGUUCGCCCAGAUGUGCAGGAGCUGCGCCUGUGGCAGAAAGAACUGAGGGAGAACCGGGACAUUGCCAAAACUGUUGAGCAGUUCUGGGCAAAACAAGAGAGCAGAGUUGGCUCUGUUAUGGCAGAUCUUCCAGAAAGUCCUCAGCCCGGCAACUCAGACGUGUCCAUCCAGGUUGUGUCCCCCACCCCCCAGAGCACUGUGGUCCACACCCCCACCCCCAAGAUGACCCCUGAGGUCGUUGAUUGCCUGAUGACCCCCAGCUUGCUGACGACCAGCCCAAAAUGACCUCCACACCAACACUGACUGAUAAUCAUGAUAAACCAUGACUGCGGCGUCUCCGUCUUUACCAGGAACUUGAAACCUCGUCCAGACUUCUAUUAACUGAAAUCAUUGCUGUGGGUACAAGGUUUGUCUGUUGUUUAAAGGCUAUUAAGCUGUGUUAGGUGGAUGUCAAAGUGACCAAAGUGAUCACUCAAACAAGCCAUUAAAAACGCCUGUAACCAAUUGGAUAUGGCCACGUGAGGAUUUAUGGUCCGAGGUCCGUGUCUAAUUAGUUGAUUGCUUUCAUUGCCUUUUUGAUGGAUCACUUCCCUUUACGAGUCUCACCCAACGAAUGAACACCAUACAGCAAGGUUCUACAAUACUGUAGCCUCUAGUAGGACUAAAUAUUUCCUCUCAGCCCCUCCAGCAGACAGCUCACCGGUUGAUAACCAGCUACUUCCUUUUCCUUGUUGUUCCUGUUUUCCUUAGCAAUAUGUAUCACACCAAAGAGAUUGGAGCAUUUCCGAUUGAGCCAGGAACUGAGGUCAGGCUGAAAGGUGACCCUGCGUGCACAGCAGCACUCUGUCAGAGAAACAGAGGAAAUAAAAAAAAGGAAAUUGAAAAACAUUGCUGAGAGGGCUGACAGGUGAUCGACAGCAACUCUGACCGAGCAGCAGAGAGGAAAAUCCAAUAAUCUCCAUUGAUCUUUCUAUUCCACUACUGAAUAAAAAGGCCUGUUACAUCUCUUGAUACUAUGGAAAUGCAACAUUAGAAGCUGAAGAUUAUAGCCCAUUAAACAAAUCAAUUUAUAAUUAAUUACAUGUGAAUGUAUAUGACCUUGUAUAGAAAAGUGUCACUAAAAUUAGGAGUAUACACUCACUAUUAUAGAAACUGACACUGUAUGGUGGUGUCUCUGCUGCAGCUGAAUAUUUGACGUGUUCAUUUCAUGUAUUUUACGUACUGUUUUAUGAAGUCUGAACAGUUUGUUUUACAUGGAUACAGUUUUGUCUUGUUAUUCUUAAAUGUCAGAGACUUUGCAUCCCUCCUUCCUGUUUUUUUUGCUCCUUCUAGUCAUCCAACAUCUUCUUAAAUGUUACAUAUCAGCCAUGGAAAGUUCAUUUAAUUUGAUCAGCAAAAAUAUUGAGGAUAAAAAGACUUCACGCUGCUUCACUGACCGCUCUAAUAUUUGUGAUAAUGUCAAUAAGACAGUGCAGGUUGUUGCUGUCUUCUCCUGGCUCUGUCAUUAGACACAGAGAGAAUAAAGUGCACUCCUGGCAGAUUUCCACCCCCUCCUUGAACUCUGCGUACCUGAGAGGAUACUUCUGGUGUCUCCACCCCAGUGCCUCUGCAGAGAGGCGAGGCGGGGGCGGUCUCCUGAUGGAUGGCAUCCCCCGACCAUCCUGGGCACUGAUGCACGCUGCCUCACGCUGCCUCACAGUGGGCCACAGGGAGGGUCAUGUAUCUCCCUCUGCAGGUAUGUGGAUGUCUGGGAGACAGCUGCUUCUGGGUGAAGUGAUAAAACAGCCCAUUUCAUUCCGGGGACAUCUGAUAGUGCAGCCAGCUCCACAGAGUCUGACAGCACUGGAACCAAGUGAAACUGGAUCUUUGAGCAGCAGAAGAGAGGGGGCACCAGGCCGUCAGUGUAAAGCCUGAAAACAGCGUGUUCUGGGCUGUGAUUCACGGCUGAAUGUAUGCAGAAUACACACUGCAAACACUCAAAUCACACCAAAUCUAUUUGUCAAAUUUUUAGUAAAAAAUAUCUCAUUACACUUUAUAUAAGCCUCAUUCACCUGACAAAUUCAGACAAACAUUUUAUUUAAUCUUAUUUCCAAACACAACAUGCAGGAUGUAAGAAGCCUAAGAUUAAUAUAAUAUAUAUGUAUAUCUUUUGAUGUAUUAUUAAAAAUAUAUUGAUUAAA